AUGGCUGAACCCAAUUCCCAACCGCUGAUAGUGCACCAGCCUAUCGCUGUAAAUCCUCGUUCUAAUCAUCCUGAACAGCCAAAUGGCGACCUUCCUCUAGGUGAUCAGAACUCCUGGUAUUACCCCUCCCAUGGGCAUGAUUCAGACGAGGAAGAUUUAUGUGUGGGUUUGAACGAAGGUAACUGGGGUCACAAGUUUGCCAAGAGAGCUCGAUGGGUACGUAGAGGCAAGAUCACGCCAUGGGGACCAGGUAUGGAUGAUUGGGAGUCGGAAGAGCGUGCGCGGAAGCGUAUCAAACUCCUUCUUCCUCAAGAAAAGCGUUCUCCUUCACCUCUGUCACUCCCUCAUCUCUCACGCCCACUAUCACCUCCUUUAGUUUCCCCAUACCCCCCACCAGACCCUGUGCAUCUAAGCUAUACAUCAUUCGUCUUGGACAAAUCUGUCACACAUACAUUUCGGUCGAGUCUUCUAGACGAACUGGAGCAUGCUGCCAACGGUCUCAUUGAAGGUGAAGCUGCUAUGAAAAGCGCACUAGGGAGACUGUGGCAAGUGAUGAGCGAGGAUCCAGAUGUGAAGGCAAGCGAAGGACUCAUUCCGAAGCGCGAGGACGAUGACGAAGAUCGGGAAGAACGAGACGACCAGUCUCGUUCUUCUGAUAUAACGCCACCAACGCACAAACUCUUUCUCCUCUCAUAUUCUCAUGGUGGCCCGCCGGUUUUUGACCCUUCACAUUUCACGUUGCCAGAGAGGCAGCUAGAGACUCUCGAAAAAUCACUUGCGACGCUACGAGAAUUACAGGAUGAUGGUCGGGAAUAUGUUGAACGACUCAACGAAAUCAGAGAGGGUCUCGGUGAUGUCAGAGCGCAACGGAGUACGAUCUGGGACGUAGUACGUGAGAGAGCCGUGAAAGAAUUACAAGACGUCGCCUUUGCCACCGCAGAAAUGUAA